AACGCAUGUAAAGUAUAUUAAAAAUUGUUUGUUAUACAUUACGAGAGUUACAGUCUAGAAAGAUUUUCAUUCGGUUAUUAAAACUUAUCGCAUAUAUCGUUGCAUCGAAUCUGUGCAGAGGGUCAAGGGUCAGUGACUUUGAAAUGAAUAAAUUCAUUUAAUGAAAAUUAGAUAAACGGUAAUAAAGAUUUUGUAAUCGUCAUAAAUCUAGUUGUCUCGUUGAUAUCUCAUUUGUUCAAGUAUUAAAAAAUCUGAUAACAACAAUUUCUAUACGCGCACACGUAUACACAUACACACACACAUAUUUUGUAUACAAGCAUGUAUAUAUACUUUCGAAAACAAUUAAAUAGAAUCGAAGAAAGAUCUAUUAUUCCUUAUAAAUGUAGUCGAUAAUACAUUGUGUCAUUAAUAUCUCAUCUAUUCGAAUAUUUAUCAAAAAAUCUGGUAACAAAAAUUUCCCUAUAAUAUAUGUGUAUGUGUGUGCGCGCAUCUCUCUACAUAUAUAUACACACAUAGACAUAUGCGUGGAUCUAUAAAAAUAAUCUUGUAAAAUUGAAACGUUUUGAGAAAAAAAUAUACACAUGAUUCACUGUAGCUAUUUAUCUUUCAAUAAGCAAGCAUCUCCAAACGUGUUAAGUUAGAAAUCAAUUAGAAUACUUUAUAACAGGUAUGAGGUGGGGGAGUCAUGCAAUUACUCUAACAAUAAGUACGCAAUACAUUCAAUGUAUACGUUUGAUAUUUUAAAGUAUCGAUAAUAAUAGAAUAAAUAACGUGAUUCCGAUAUGUCUUAUAGAAAAUUGUGAUAUUUACUUGCGUAAUUUGAAAAAAGUGUUAAUAUUUAAUGAAAAAAGCAAAAACUGGCUAUGAUCGAUAUAACUGUAUAAACUGUGAAACGAUAUUAAAACUUAAAAAAAAAGAAAAUUUAUUGUUGAUCAAUGUGGAUUCCUUAUCGUAUUGCAGUUAACUCUAUCUUUAAGUGAUGUAUGUGAAGAUUUAAAAUAUGCCAUUAAAUUUAAUCGUUCUAUUAAUAUGGAGUUUUACGAUACAAGAAGGAUCAUGUGUCAAAUUAAAGAGAAUAGCUUCACAACCGUUCAACGUAUUGGACGAUUUCUAUGGUUAUCGGUAUAUUUCGAUCGUUCAUUUCGAUGUACCAGAGUAUUCGAUUACCGCGGGAUUCAAAUUUAUGAUAAAAGAAGAAAAAAUCGGCGGAAUAGGUAAAUGUUCUCCGAGAAAUGUUUCAUUGUAUUUGAAAUCCGGUAGUCUACCAUUAGUUCGUCCAGACGGAUCGAUUAUCGAGGCAAAACUCAUGAAACGAAGACGCAAAUACUAUGCUUUAAAUAUGCAAAGCAAUGGUGACGAGCAUAUGAUCAAUAUCGAAUCUCCAAUACCCGGUGACUGGUACAUAAUUGCUUUUCGAUCUUGGACCGAUCCUAAUAGCGACAAGAUCAAGCAACAAGGUCUUGGUGCAUCAUGUGAUACUGUACUCGAUGCUGAGUUGUUAAUAGAGAUGCCAUCUAUGGUAUCCUUAAUAGAUUUUAAUAACGUAUAUGAAAUUAAAUUAAACAAAAGUAAAAAUACUUUUGUAGGAUACAUUUUUAUGCCAAACGAUUUACUAAACGUAGUACUUGUAUUGAACCAAUCUUAUAAAAACAAUUGUAAAUUUGCAAUUCAUGUUAUUGCUCAAGAUUAUCUUAUAGACAGAAUUGUUAAUGACACUAACGUUUUGGUCUCUUUCAAACCUUAUUCAAAAGCAUUACAUUACGUUAUGUUACGUUUAAUAUCCGGAAAUAUGACGAAAAUUUCUUUACGUUUCAAAAACGAUACUUCAUUCGUCGACUCCACUCAAGUUAAAAGCAUAAGUCUGAUAAGAAAAUCAUUACCGGAGUUCUUUGUUUUCGAGUACAAACAUCGAGGUGAAAACGAUACGAAAUCUAUACCUUUCAAUUUAACCAGCGAUGGUCUUACCGUCCUUGACUUCGAGAUUGCUCGUGUCUACGAUAUUGGUGGUACAUUGACAGUGAACAUAAAUAUGCUUGACGAUAAUAAGAAGGAUCAAAAGAACAUUUUCGUCGUAGCUUGUAUUACCUUGGGAUAUUACUCAAAUAUCACAGCCGGUGGAAGUUGCAUACGGUCACGGAACAUAACUGGGGCAGAUAUAUAUGUGAACGAGACAACUCCGGCUUCUAUUCAUAUACCAUUCCCCGAAACUGGAAGGUGGUACGUCAGUUUAAAAUCAUUUUGCGUCGAUGGAAAAUGUAAUUGCGCUAAGGAUUGUUUGAACGGUACCAUUUGUAAAGAAUGCAAAUGUAUGAAACCGUGUUCCGUUCAAGUAGAGAGCAGUAUAUCUUCGUUGCCUUGCAUCGAAGGCCAUUGUAAUUCACAUGGCAAAUGUAUGCACUAUAUGAGCGGUGGUUUCGUUUUUUCAGCGUGUUACUGUACCGAAGGAUAUCGUGGUUUUGAUUGUGCCGAUGAUACUUACGUUCUCGGCAAUAAAGACAUACUCAUACGUUUGCUGAUGUUAACUAUCAGCAAUCUUGCUUUUAUUGGUUCGAUAUAUCUGGCGAUAUGUCGAGAAUAUUUUACAGAAGCAAUUGUUUACACUGCUGUUAUGCUCUUCUCGAUAUUUUAUCAUGCUUGCGAAACUGGAGAGGAAGUUUACAGUAUUUGUAUAAUGCGAUUGAGCGUAUUACAAUUUUGUGACUUCUUCAACGCUCUUCUUUCGAUUUGGGUUACGUUAGUAGCUAUGGCCUCCUUUGGACCAAAGCUCACAGCAUUUUUCCAAAUCACGGGUGCUAUUGUUCUUGCUAUGAGCUCAGAAAUGGAUCGUACCGCACUCUGGGUAUUCCUUUUACCCGCCAUUACUGGAUCUUCUCUAGUUGGACUUUCUUGGGGACUAACAUGUAAAAGAAGAAAAACUGUUUGGUAUCCUUCGCGCGUGUACAGAACUGUCUUCUUUCCGGCGGGCCUUCUCAUAGUCUCUUUGGGUCUUGUUUGUUACGCCUUUUUACAAACACGUAGUAAUUAUCACAUUGUCCAUAGUUUAUGGCAUAUUUGCGUGGCUGUUGCGGUUAUGUUUUUAUUGCCAAAAAGACAUUACAUGAAGUAAAUAUGUUUUAGUAAAAUUAUAUCGAAUUCAGGGAGUAUAAAUGGUAAAUAUGGACAUACAUACUCGUAUAUACUAUUGUACGAAAUAUUUUUUUUUAUGAUCGAUUGUAUAUUAUCAUAAUUAUUAUACAAAAAAAAAUUUCUUAUAAAUUACUUAUAAUAUAUAAUAUAUAAUAUAAUAUAUAAUCUUACAAAUUUCUUAUAAAAUUACUAUUACGCUACAUUUUUCACAUAAGAAGUGUAUAUAUAUAUAUAUAUAUAUAUAUAUAUAUAUAUAUAUAUAUAUAAUUUAUGAAUAUACAACGCAUAAAUUUAUCUAUAAGAGAUUAAAAGAAAUAUUUAACAAAUGCAAUAAUAUAUAAAAAAGGGCAAUUUUCUUAACAGUAUUAUUUAGCAUAUUCGAAAUUUGCAAACGAAGAUGCAAAUAAAAAAAGUCUUAUCAGUUUCAAUUAAAACGAUGACAAAGAAUAUAUGUAAUUAAAAAAAAAGAAAAAAAAAGAACAAAGAGAACAAUAUUGUUAUAUAUUAUUAAGUAUUUUAUUACGUCAUAUUGUUACGACGACUUUCUCAGAAAGAUUGAACAUAAAUUGUUUUUUUCGCCGAUAGAUAGAAUUAUUGUAAUUUAGAAUUAUAAAUGAAAGGCUUAAGAUUCGUUCAAAUUGUAUUGUACAUUGGAAGAUACCAUUUUUUAUUGAAAUAUUUAUAACGAUUUAUACAAUGUAUCAUUUAUAUAUAUAUGAGAUAGAGAUUUAAUUUGCAUCAUGUAGGAAUCAAAACCUCGCACGUACACAUAUUAUUUAUUAUAAUAAUAUUAUAUAUGUAUAGGCUCGUAUACUUUUUGUCAAAUGUACAUAUACAUAAUGCAUUCUAUAUGUACAUUCAUAAGUCAAUAUCAUGGAUAUAGUAUAGAUAGCUAAGAAUUUACAAAGAAAAAAGAAAUAUAUGUAAAUAUAUAUAUAUAUAUAUAUAUAUAUAUAUAUAUAUACAUACACACACAAAUAUAUAUAUAUACACACAUAUAUCACGGGUACAUGUAUAAUAUGUAUUUUUAAUCAGUAUUUCUCAAAUUUAUAAAUUCUCUAGUCGACUCUAUUUUUCUUGUCCUAAUGAUAUUGAGUUUCUUUAUGUCCAAAGAAAAAGGGAAUAUUUACAGUGCACAAGUCAAUGCACGAAAAGUUACAGUUUUGUAUACGAUAUCAUGGCAAGAAAACAUUUCAUCUUUACUGUCUGUAUAUAAUUUCUCUCUCUGUUUCUUUACACACACACACACACACACACACACAGAUAUAUAUAUAUAUAUAUAUAUAUAUAUAUAUGAUGAAAGGGAAAUAAAAACUUGGAUUUGUCAAUUGAUCAUGAGAUUAAUUGAUAGAGCCGAGAAUAUUAAGAAGGCGAAAAUAAA